AUGUCGCAGUUAGAUCUCCAUACGCUCCCCGAGGAGCUAAGCGUCCCCGACGCCGCGUCGUUGCGCUCAUUCUCAGAAACGAUCCAGGAUGAAUACCACGAUUGGGUCACCGACUCUGGUCGAUCAUCACGAACUGAGCAUCUGCUGGACGACUUUCCCCAGCCACCGAGGUCGAUGAAUUUGGAUUCGAUCUACGAGGAAGAAACCCCGGUGUAUCCCACCCCCAAACCGUCGAUCAAGAAUCUACGUCGCCAUGCCACAGCCACCGAACUUCCCCUGUUACAACAAAUUAAUCCUAAUGAGGGAGCGCCGGAAUUUAAUCCGGUCACUGAAGAAAACGGCUCCUACGAUCUCAUUGCGCCGUACGAUGGUGGUGAUCUACCACUUUACAAACUGGAACGCAUCGCAGAUAUUAUGUUCUCGUCGGAGCAUAUGCUCACAAUUUUGAACAAUCCGCGAUAUCUGUCCCGGUUCCGCGACUUCCUUUUAGAAGAACGGCCGCGCUCCAUCUCUACCCUCACAUACUAUCUCAAUGCCACCAAGGCUCUCAAAGCACUUCAGUAUGCCAAUGCGCUCAUCCGCCUGUCGGUCGAUGUGCCUCCUCCGACAGUCCAGACAGACGAGGAAUCCGUCGGGGUAACCGUGAAUCGGGUGUUGGAACAGCGUGUUGUGGAUGGGUUGUUGGCGUUAACUGCCGAGGAGCUUCCUGCAUUCAUCACAUCCAGAUGCAUCACCAUUACAAGCAAGAUCGUCGAGGAACGAGUUCGCGGAACUCUACCGAUGAAAUUUCGUGGAACCUCGAAUGCACUUGCCGAAGUAUUCUGCUUGACAGACCCAUCGCGACCUGACAAUCCAAUUAUCUUUGCAUCUGAUGAGUUCCAUCGCACUACGCAAUAUGGCAUGGAUUAUGUUCUGGGUAGGAAUUGCCGAUUCUUGCAAGGCCCAAAGACAAAUGCAAACAGUGUUCGCCGGCUUCGCGAAGCUAUCCACGCAGGCCGGCAUCAUUCCGAGCUGUUUCUCAACUAUCGCCGCGACGGCUCCCCUUUUAUGAACCUCCUCCAGUGCGCCCCCUUAUGCGACAGCCAAGGUCGUGUCAAAUACUUUAUCGGUGCACAGAUUGAUGUAUCAGGGCUCGCAAUGGAGGGAGCCUCGAUGGAGUCAUUAAUGGAACUACAAACCAAAUACAACAAAACCGAGGAUGAGAUGAUCGUGGACCAGCCAGAACCAGCAGAAAAGGAUGAAUUCCGGGAACUGACUGAACUAUUCAGUCCGCGCGAACUAUGCGCUGUUCAAGAGCACGGCGGACAUCUUUUCCAACCACCUAAAAGCUCCGCAUCUCCGCGUCACCCCAAAUCUUGGCCACUAAGCGGCCCAUCGCCGGAGAGUGAGACUGAGGCUAUCCGUAUACGGGAUAUCAAGUCGCCAUUCUUCCGAAUGUCUCUGGCUGGCGUCUAUGAAAAUUACCUCCUCGUUCGACCAUAUCCUGUCCUUCGGAUCUUGUUUACAUCGCCCUCCCUCCAGAUCCCGGGAAUAUUGCAAUCUUCAUUCCUAUCGCGUAUCGGCAGCUCCUCGGCAGUGAAAGAUGACCUCCUACAAGCCAUGAAGGUCGGUCGCAGUGUGACUGCUCGUAUCAAAUGGGUAACACGGUCUAACCCAGAAGGGCGCAAUCGUUGGGUUCAUUGCACGCCCCUAAUGGCUAGCAAUGGUCAAGUAGGUGUAUGGAUGGUCGUAAUUGUGGAUGACACCGAGGAGCAGGUACCGAAUUGGCGCUCCUAG